UUUUGUAGAGGGACAGAAGCAAUCUCUUUAGUCUCUGCCAUUUAUAGAAUCUUUAAAUAUCUACAAACUACAGCUAAUCAAAUCAAAUUCACACAAAUAGAAAAGUCCCUCCACUGACAAUAAGCGUGUUGUAGUUGCUGGAAUUACUCUCUCAUCAAAGCAAAUUCCCAAAGAUGCAUUCUUUCUUCCUCUCCCUUUACCAAAAACCCCUCCAUCAGUUUCAUUUCCUUUCAGAGCCCCAAGGUUUUGUUUGAUGUGGAAAACAAUGAAAACUAAGGUUAGGGUUUAUUUGGGUUUCCUUGUUUGAGGUUUGAUUCUUGGUUUUAAGGGUUUUCUUGUGGAGACAAUCUUGAAUCUUGAUCAGUGUUGCCAUCUGGGUUUAUUGAGUUUUAGAGUGGAAGCUAAGCUAAGGUUAGCUUCUGGUCAAUUUACUUGCUCUGGUUUCUGGGAUCUCUGAAAUGAAAGUUUAGGGUUUAGGGUUUUUGAUGAAUAUGUGAUUUUCAUCUUUUCUGUGUUGUAACAUACAUUAAGAGGUUAUUGGAAACUGGUUUUGUAUGCUUUCUGUCAUAAGAUUAUUGGAAAUCAGGGUUCAAGAGAUUUCUGUUGAGCAGUUUUGGUUGAAUAGAAUUGAAUUGAAUGCAAGUUUAUUUGUAUAGAGAAGAAAGAUAAAGGUUUUGCCUGGGGUUUUAAGUAAUGGGGUUGUCUGGGUUUUUUCUAAUUUGUAUGCUCCACUCUGUUAUUGCUCUGAUUUCUGGAGCUUUGAUGAUGUUUUACUCCUAUGAAUUUUAUGUGUUCAGCCAUGGCCUUGAGACAGCAAGUAAGCUCCAAGGGUCAACACCCCAUGAUCAGCUUUUAAUUCAAACCGCCGAUUCCUUAUCCGGCUUGCUUCUAUUUUCCAUUGGAUCCCUUUUGUUCAUGGUGGCUUUUGUCAAGGACAACAAGUUCCAGAGCUUCUUUGCUAAAGGUUGUGUGUUGCUUCACAUUUCCAUGGCUAUUUGGAGAGUUUACUUUGAGAGGAAACUUGAAGAUCUUGCCCGGGAUUGGCCAAAGCAGGUCGCCGGAGACAUCACACUGGCGCUUUCGUGGUGUUUUCUUCUUGUGUACUCAUGGAGGGAGAAGUAUGAUUAGCAAAGAAUUGAUGUUACUUUGCUACAAAAAUCAGUGGAUUGCUGCUUAUGGAGGAACACAUUGUUGGAUGGAAUUGUGUGCUUUGGUUCCUCUGCUUCUUGGUCAUGUUAUGUGGAAAUUGCAAGGUGGAGGCUCUUGCUUUGUGCCAUAAGAUUGCAGAGUUAAAAAAAAAAAAAACAGAUUUAAGAUUUCAUUGCUGGUUAGUUUAGUGCUUAAACCUUGUUAAUCUUGAACAUUCUCUACAAACUGUUUUCCAUUUGCAAUUUUGCACAUUCUGUUGGCCCCAUGUUACCGGUGAGCUUGUAAAUUUUUUCCCAUCAUAUGAUGAAUAAAAAUUUGGCAAAUGUAUUUAGCUAAUUUCCACUUGAUUAAUUUUUUAUGGCUCACAUUCUGAACAUUAAA